AUGGGGACCUUCCUAAGGAUUCAACUGGGGAUCCUAUUACUAUUCAUAGGAUCGCUCAAUGCCCGUAUCCAGCAGCAUGACUAUGACACAGAUGUUGAUUCCACCAGUAAUGAGAACAUCCCUGAAGAUUUGACUGGUGCCCGUAUCCAGCAGCAUGACUAUGACACAGAUGUUGAUUCCACCAGCAAUGAGAACAUCCCUGAAGAUUCGACUGGUUUCAUAAAUGGAGCUAAAAGGAUAUCUGUUAUUCCAAAUAUUCCUACCUCACCUGUUGUAAAAGUGAUCAACAAUGCUCACAAUAGCAAAAUCUGCAGUACCUGGGGGAACUUCCACUUCAAGAACUUUGAUGGGGAUGUGUUCCACUUCCCUGGCACCUGCAACUAUGUUUAUUCCUCCCACUGCAAAAGCGCAUAUGAAGACUUCAAUAUUCAGAUUCGUCGUGAGGUGGUCGACAAUGUCCCAGUCAUUCAAAAGAUCAUUAUGAAGAUAGAUGGGUUGGUUCUUCAGAUCAACCAUAACACAGUUGAAGUCAAUGGACAAAAAGCGCAACUGCCAUUCAGCGCUUCAAGCACUCAGAUUGAGAAACAUGGAGUCUACCUCACAGUCAGCUCCAAAAUUGGCCUGGUAUUUAUGUGGAAUGAUGAUGAUAGUAUUUUGCUGAAACUGGAUGAAAAAUAUGCUAACCAGACCUGUGGAUUGUGUGGAGACUACAACAGCAUCUCUAUCCACAAUGAGUUUAUCUCCAAUGGUGUCCAGAUUACAGCAACACAGUUUGGAAACCUCCAGAAGAUGGAUGGACCAACAGAACAAUGUCAAGAUGCACCACCAACUCCCAAGAGUAAUUGCACUGACUAUGAAAAAAUCUGUGAAAGAAUCCUGCUGGGUUCUGCCUUUUCACAAUGCCACUCAAAGAUGGGUGUUCAGUCGUACAUUGAUGCUUGUGUUCAGGACCUGUGUGCAUGUGAAAGCGAAAUCAUUGACAUCUGCCUAUGUAGCACAUUUGCUGAAUACUCCAGACAGUGUGCCCAUGCUGGAGGUGUGCCACAAAAGUGGAGAAACAAAAACCUGUGUCCCCUGAAAUGUCCUUACAACAUGGUAUAUCAGGAAUGUGCUUCCCCUUGUGCUGACACAUGCUCAAACCCAGAGAGAAGAGUUACUUGUGAAGACCAUUGUCGUGAGGGGUGCACUUGCCCUGCAGGGACUGUAUUUGAUGAUAUCAACAAAUCAGGCUGUGUCCCUAUUGAACAGUGCUCCUGUACCUUCAACAGUGAAACCUAUGCUCCUGGAUCAUCUUUCUCCACCUCUUGUAGCACUUGUCUUUGCACAUCAGGAAAGUGGAAUUGCAAGAACAUGCCUUGCCCAGCAUCAUGUUCCUUAGAGGGAGGAUCUCACAUUACCACCUAUGAUCAGACUCAUUACAAUAUUCAUGGAAACUGUAACUAUGUCUUGUCUAAGUCUUGCAGUGAUAGUGGAUUUACAGUUCUCUCUGAACUUCGUAAAUGUGGUCUUUCUGAGAGCGAGACUUGCCUUAAGAGUGCUACCGUCAUCCUCAAUGGAGGUGAAACCAUUGUUGGAAUCAAACCCUGUGGCAGUGUUUAUAUCAACGGAAUCUACACACAGUUGCCAAUAUCUGCUGCCAAUGUUACAAUCUUCAGACCAUCAUCAUUCUACAUUGUUGUUCAGACUAAUCUUGGAGUCAGGCUAGCUGUUCAAUUAACACCGUUUAUGCAACUGUAUGUGACCUUAGACCCCUCAUUAAAAAGCAAGACCUGUGGUCUUUGUGGAAAUUUCAAUGACAAACAGUCAGAUGAUUUCCAAACCAUCAAUGGAGUAAUUGAAGGAACAGCAGCAAGCUUUGCCAAUACCUGGAAGACCCAAGCAAAUUGUCCUAAUAUUAAGAAUGUGUAUGAAGACCCAUGCGCCCUCAGUAUAGAAAAUGAACAAUAUGCUAAGCACUGGUGUGGAUUGGUUUCUGAUCCAACUGGCCCCUUCGCUGCAUGCCACAGCACUGUGCUUCCAGACAUUUACCAAAAAAAUUGUAUGUUUGAUGCCUGUAACUGUGAGAAGACUGAGGAGUGUAUGUGUGCUGCCCUAUCAUCUUAUGUUCACGCCUGUGCUGCAAAGGGAGUCAUAUUAACUGGAUGGAGAGCCAAUGUCUGCACAAAGUACAUGAAUACUUGCCCUAAGACUCUGAACUACACCUACUCUACAAGCACCUGUCAACCCACUUGCCGCUCACUCAGUGAGCCAGACGUCACCUGCAGCAUUAAGUUUAUCCCUGUGGAUGGUUGCACCUGUAGUAAGGACUUCUAUAUGGAUGAUAGUGGAAAAUGCGUCCCAGUUGCCGAAUGCCCAUGUUACUACAAGGGGUCUGCUGUUUCUUCUAGUGAAGUGCACUAUGAGAAUGGAGUAAUGUGCACCUGCAGUCUGGGAAAACUGAGUUGUAUUGGAUCUCCAGAGCCAGUCUGCAAUUCCCCAAUGAUUUAUUUUGACUGUAAAAAUGCCUCUGCUGGCUCCAAAGGAGCAGAGUGUCAGAAAAGUUGCCAGACUCUGGAUAUGGAAUGCUACACGCAAAAUUGUGUCUCUGGCUGUGUGUGCCCUAAUGACCUAGUAUCAGAUGGAAAAGGUGGCUGCAUUAAAGAAGAACAGUGCCCAUGUAUCCACAAUGAUGCCAGUUACCAGCCGGGAGAGAAAAUCAAAACUAAAUGCAAUACUUGCACUUGCAAGAAUCGUAUGUGGAUGUGUACUAGCAACCCGUGCUUAGGAACAUGUGCAGUGUACGGAGAUGGUCAUUACAUCACCUUUGAUGGAAAACGCUACAGCUUUAAUGGAGACUGUGACUAUAUUCUUGCUCAGGAUCACUGUGGCAUGGCUGGAAAUAGCAGCACUUUUAGAGUCAUUACUGAGAACAUUCCUUGUGGUACCACUGGCACAACCUGCUCUAAGGCAAUCAAGGUUUUCCUGGGGAGUUAUGAACUUAUCCUUACUGAUGAACACUUUGAAGUGAUUGAAAGAGGCAUUAGAGCUGAGGUUCCCUAUAAGGUUCGGCACAUGGGUAUCUACCUCGUCAUUGAAGCAAACAAUGGACUUAUAUUGAUGUGGGACAGGAAGACAAGCAUCUUCAUCAAGCUUAGCAAAGAUUUUGAGGGAAACGUUUGUGGUCUUUGUGGUGACUAUGAUGGAAAUAGAAUUAAUGACUUCACUACUAGGAGUCUAUCUGUGGUUGGAGAUGUUAUUGAGUUUGGCAACAGCUGGAAACUAUCUCCAUCAUGCCCUGAUGCCAAACAAAGUAGAGACCCUUGCUCUGCUAACCCAUACAGGAAAUCUUGGGCUCAGAAGCAGUGUAGCAUCAUCAACAGUGCAGUAUUUUCUGCUUGCCAUGCACAGGUUGACCCAUCAAACUACUAUGAUGCUUGUGUCACUGACUCUUGUGCUUGUGACGCUGGUGGAGACUGUGAGUGCUUCUGUACUGCCAUUGCAGCCUAUGCCCAGGCCUGCAGCGAAUCUGGCAUCUGUGUUUCCUGGAGAACACCAAACAUCUGUCCUAUUUUCUGUGAUUACUACAAUCCUGAAGGAGAGUGUGCGUGGCACUACAAACCGUGUGGCGCACCUUGCAUGAAAACAUGUAGGAACCCAAGCGGGAAAUGUCUUAAUGAAAUAUCAGGCCUGGAAGGAUGCUACCCCAAAUGCCCAGCAGGCAAACCUUAUUUUGAUGAAGAUGAAAUGGAGUGUGUGUCUAAGUGUGGCUGCUAUGAUGAGGAAGGAAACCACUAUAAGCCAAGUGCCCCAGUGUACACCAAGGAGAACUGCAAGUCUUGCGAGUGCACAAUGUCUGGUAUUGCCUGCAAAUACACAAAAGAAGCCUGUCACUGUCAAUACAAUGGAACAAUGUAUAACUACAAUGAUGUUAUUUAUAACACCACUGAUGGCAUUGGGGGCUGUAUUGUUGCUAUAUGCAGUGAAAAUGGUAUAAUCUACAGAGAUAUCAACCCAUGUAAAAAAUCUAUACCGACUACAACACCAUUUACAUUUACCACCACUCUUGCCACUACAACAGAACUUCCUCCAGAAACUACAACUGCAACCGUUACAGUUAUCACAAUGCCAGAACAAACUACAAGUCCUGUAACCACAAAUGCAGAAACCACUGCUACCAGUCCAGAAACAACUGCUACUGUUAAAACUACAACACCUGAAAUAACAACCUUAGUAAAAACUACAAUUUAUACCGUAACUCCAGAAAUAACGACUGCAACAAUUCCUGUAACUAUAGCUACAGCAACCACUACAGAAAGUAUCCAAUCAACUACAUUACCAACCAUAUCUGAAACUACACCACCACCACCAACAGCAACCACAAAAACAUCUCCUCCGACUGCUACAAGUGAAAUUACCACACGCCGCUUUUGUCAUGUUGGUGAUUCUCUCUUCUUACCAGGGGAAGUAAUAUACAAUAAGACAGAUAAGGCUGGCUGCAGUUUCUAUGCAAUCUGUAAUGAUCUGUUUGAGAUUAAGAGAUUCCAAGGUCCCUGCCAGCAUACUGUAACUCCUACUACUACAACUUCAACUACAACUAAAAAACAUUCCAACACUUCAUCAACAACACCAAAAACACCACCUCCUGUUGAAGGAUGUCCUCCCAGAAAGACCAAUGAAACCUGGGCGUAUAACAAAUGCGCGACCGCUACCUGCCGUGGAAAGAAUAUUAUUACUAUUGAGCAAGUGAAAUGUCCUCCAGUGAAAACAAUAGCAUGUGAUAAUGGUUUCCCGCCAGUCAAAGUUUACAGUCAAGAUGGAUGUUGUUACCAAUAUGAAUGUCAAUGUGUUUGCAGUGGUUGGGGAGACCCUCAUUAUAUUACCUUUGAUGGGAUCUACUACACCUUCCUGGAAGACUGCACCUACGUCCUUGUGCAACAGAUAACUCCCAAGUUUGACAACUUUCGUAUCCUUGUUGAUAACUAUUUCUGUGCUGCUGCUGAUGGUUUGUCGUGUCCAGGGGCUAUUCUUGUUUAUUAUAAAGCAGAUGAAGUGGUGCUGACACAGCAGAUGAUCAAAGGGAGAAUGACCAAUACGAUCAGGUACAACAACAACUGGGUUUCUCCAGGAUUCACCAAGAAUGGAAUUAGUGUAACCAGUGCUGGUAUCAACAUGGUUGUGGAAAUCCCAGAAAUCAAUGCUUACAUCUCUUUCAGUGGGUUGAUCUUUGUGAUCAAAUUGCCAUUCAGUAAAUUUGGCUACAACACAGAAGGACAAUGUGGUACUUGCUCCAAUAACCGCACUGAAGACUGUCGUCUGCCAACGGGUAGGAUUGUUAAAGAAUGCUCAGAGAUGGCUUACCAAUGGAAUGUUAAUUCUACAUAUAGACCAUACUGUCAUCCUCCUCCAAAAACAAUAACACCCAGUACACCAACUCCAUCACCUACAUGCGGCUCUUCACCACUUUGUGAUGUGAUCUUUAGCGAUGUGUUUGCAGAAUGUCAUGAGAAGAUACCACCACAACCUUACCAUGAGGGAUGCGUUUAUGAUGCGUGCCGUGUUAGAAAUGAGUCAGUGCAAUGUUCCAGCUUAGCGAUCUAUGCUUCACUGUGUGCUGCUAAUGGAGUCUGCGUUGACUGGAGAGGAAAGACUGGAGGCCAUUGCCCAUACUAUUGCCCAGUUGGAAAGUUUUACGAUCCUUGUGGUCCAAUUCAUGUACCAACCUGUGACAGCAAGGAGGAACAGAUCAUUAAUGAUGGACUUAUUGAAGGUUGUUACUGUUCUUCAGGAACUAAGCUCUUUAACAGUUAUACUGACGUCUGUGUUAAGAGCUGCUCUUGCAUUGGGCCUGAUGGAAUGCCGAAAAAGGCUUCAGAGACCUGGAUUAGCAAUUGCCAAGAAUGUAUUUGUGAGCCGACCUCUCUUUCUGUACAAUGCAAGCCACUUAAAUGUGCUGAACCUGAACCUGUCUCCUGCAACAAGGAAGGUUUUAUUGCUGUGCAAGUGCCAAACCCAGAUCAGCCUUGUUGUAUACUGAACCAAUGCCAAUGCAAUGUCAGUUAUUGUAGCAACAACGCAAAGAGCUGUCCUCUUGGCUUUGAGUUUGUACCUGUUCUUCAAGAGGGCGACUGCUGUAUCAGUUAUGAUUGUAAACCAAAGGAAGUCUGUGUGGACCACGACACCAUGUAUAAGCCAGAGGAAUCCAUUCCACCAUCCACAGAUUCAUGCCUACAAUGUAUAUGCACAAAGGAAAAAGAUCCUAAAACCUUACUGAAUCUGAUCUCUUGUAACCCCAUCUCAUGCAAGACAGAAUGUUCAGAGGGAUACAAGUAUAAAAAGAUAGAUGACCAGUGUUGCGGUAUUUGUAUACAAGACGCAUGCACAUAUACAAUGGAUGACAAUUCCACUGUUGUAAUCAAGCCUGGUGACACCUGGCAAAAUCCAAACAACAAGUGUUCUUACUAUGAAUGUAACCAGGCUGGUGAACAGUUUACAACAGUCAGCAUUGAGAGAGGGUGCACUGUAUACAGACAAGAUCAAUGCUCACAGGGCUAUCAGUAUGAAAAGGUUGAAGGAGAAUGCUGCGGCAAAUGUGUGCAGGAGGCAUGUGCAAUAAAGAUGGCAGAUGAUUCAGUCAAAGUAGUUAAGGGUUUUAAAUAUGUUAGUAAAUCUGGAGAGUGCUGUGGUGAUUGUGUUAAAGAGGCUUGCACAAUGAAGAUGGAUGACAACACAACUAAAAUCCUCCAGCCUGGUGAGACCUGGUAUUCUCCAAACAACAAGUGUUCUCAUUAUGAAUGCAUCAAAUCUGGUGAAGAGUUUACAACAGUUAGCCUUGCAAAGGAUUGCACUGUAUACAGUCAAGAUCAAUGCACACAGGGCUACCAGUAUGAAAUGGUUGAAGGAGAAUGUUGUGGCAAAUGUGUGCAGGUGGCAUGUACAAUAAAGAUGAAAGAUGAUUCUGUCAAAUUAGUUAAGCCUGAGGAAACUUGGAGUCCACCAGAAGACAUUUGUGUUCAGUAUGAAUGUCAAAAGAUUGAAGACCAGCUUGUUCCUGUCACUAUGAAGAAAGCCUGCUCUGAUGUUAAUUGUGAACCUGGUUUUAAAUAUGUUGCUAAAUCUGGAGAGUGCUGUGGUGAGUGUGUUAAAGAGGCUUGCACAAUGAAGAUGGAUGACAACACAACUAAACUCCUCCAGCCUGGUGAGACCUGGUAUCCUCCAAACAACAAGUGUUCUCAUUAUGAAUGCAUCAAAUCUGGUGAAGAGUUUACUACAGUUAGCCUUGCAAAGGAUUGCACUGUAUACAGUCAAGAUCAAUGCACACAGGGCUACCAGUAUGAAAUGGUUGAAGGAGAAUGUUGUGGCAAAUGUGUGCAGGUGGCAUGUACAAUAAAGAUGGCAGAUGAUUCUGUCAAAUUAGUUAAGCCUGGUGACACCUGGCAAAAUCCAAACAACAAGUGUUCUUACUAUGAAUGUAACCAGGCUGGUGAACAGUUUACAACAGUCAGCAUUGAGAGAGGGUGCACUGUAUACAGACAAGAUCAAUGCUCACAGGGCUAUCAGUAUGAAAAGGUUGAAGGAGAAUGCUGCGGCAAAUGUGUGCAGGAGGCAUGUGCAAUAAAGAUGGCAGAUGAUUCAGUCAAAGUAGUUAAGCCUGGGGAAACUUGGAUUCCACCAGAAGACGUUUGCAUUCAAUAUGAUUGUCAAAAAAUUGAAGACCAGCUUGUCCCUGUCACUGUGAGGAAAGCCUGCUCGAAUGUUAAUUGUGAACCUGGUUUUAAAUAUGUUAGUAAAUCUGGAGAGUGCUGUGGUGAUUGUGUUAAAGAGGCUUGCACAAUGAAGAUGGAUGACAACACAACUAAAAUCCUCCAGCCUGGUGAGACCUGGUAUUCUCCAAACAACAAGUGUUCUCAUUAUGAGUGCAUCCAAUCUGGCGAAGAGUUUACUACAGUUAGCCUUGCAAAGGAUUGCACUGUAUACAGUCAAGAUCAAUGCACACAGGGCUAUCAGUAUGAAAUGGUUGAAGGAGAAUGUUGUGGCAAAUGUGUGCAGGUGGCAUGUACAAUAAAGAUGAAAGAUGAUUCUGUCAAAUUAGUUAAGCCUGAGGAAACUUGGAGUCCACCAGAAGAUAUUUGCGUUCACUAUGAAUGUCAGAAGAUUGAAGACCAGCUUGUUCCUGUCACUAUGAAGACAGCCUGCUCUGAUGUUAAUUGUGAACCUGGUUUUAAAUAUGUUACUAAAUCUGGAGAGUGCUGUGGUGAGUGUGUUAAAGAGGCUUGCACAAUGAAGAUGGAUGACAACACAACUAAACUCCUCCAGCCUGGUGAGACCUGGUAUCCUCCAAACAACAAGUGUUCUCAUUAUGAAUGCAUCAAAUCUGGUGAUGAGUUUACAACAGUUAGCCUUGCAAAGGAUUGCACUGUAUACAGUCAAGAUCAAUGCACACAGGGCUACCAGUAUGAAAUGGUUGAAGGAGAAUGUUGUGGCAAAUGUGUGCAGGUGGCAUGUACAAUAAAGAUGAAAGAUGAUUCUGUCAAAUUAGUUAAGCCUGAGGAAACUUGGAGUCCACCAGAAGACAUUUGCGUUCACUAUGAAUGUCAAAAGAUUGAAGACCAGCUUGUUCCUGUCACUAUGAAGAAAGCCUGCUCUGAUGUUAAUUGUGAACCUGGUUUUAAAUAUGUUACUAAAUCUGGAGAGUGCUGUGGUGAGUGUGUUAAAGAGGCUUGCACAAUGAAGAUGGAUGACAACACAACUAAAAUCCUCGAGCCUGGUGAGACCUGGUAUCCUCCAAACAACAAGUGUUCUCAUUAUGAAUGCAUCAAAUCUGGUGAAGAGUUUACAACAGUUAGCCUUGCAAAGGAUUGCACUGUAUACAGUCAAGAUCAAUGCACACAGGGCUAUCAGUAUGAAAUGGUUGAAGGAGAAUGUUGUGGCAAAUGUGUGCAGGUGGCAUGUACAAUCAAGAUGAAAGAUGGUUCUGUCAAAUUAGUUAAGCCUGAGGAGACUUGGAGUCCACCAGAAGACAUUUGCGUUAACUAUGAAUGUCAAAAGAUUGAAGACCAGCUUGUUCCUGUCACUAUGAAGAAAGCCUGCUCUGAUGUUAAUUGUGAACCUGGUUUUAAAUAUGUUACUAAAUCUGGAGAGUGCUGUGGUGAGUGUGUUAAAGAGGCUUGCACAAUGAAGAUGGAUGACAACACAACUAAACUCCUCCAGCCUGGUGAGACCUGGUAUCCUCCAAACAACAAGUGUUCUCAUUAUGAAUGCAUCAAAUCUGGUGAAGAGUUUACUACAGUUAGCCUUGCAAAGGAUUGCACUGUAUACAGUCAAGAUCAAUGCACACAGGGCUAUCAGUAUGAAAUGGUUGAAGGAGAAUGUUGUGGCAAAUGUGUGCAGGUGGCAUGUACAAUAAAGAUGAAAGAUGAUUCUGUCAAAUUAGUUAAGCCUGAGGAAACUUGGAGUCCACCAGAAGACAUUUGCGUUCAGUAUGAAUGUCAAAAGAUUGAAGACCAGCUUGUUCCUGUCACUAUGAAGAAAGCCUGCUCUGAUGUUAAUUGUGAACCUGGUUUUAAAUAUGUUACUAAAUCUGGAGAGUGCUGUGGUGAGUGUGUUAAAGAGGCUUGCACAAUGAAGAUGGAUGACAACACAACUAAAAUCCUCCAGCCUGGUGAAACCUUUUAUCCUCCAAACAACAAGUGUUCUCAUUAUGAGUGCAUCAAAUCUGGUGAAGAGUUUACAACAGUUAGCCUUGCAAAGGAUUGCACUGUAUACAGUCAAGAUCAAUGCACACAGGGCUACCAGUAUGAAAUGGUUGAAGGAGAAUGUUGUGGCAAAUGUGUGCAGGUGGCAUGUACAAUAAAGAUGAAAGAUGAUUCUGUCAAAUUAGUUAAGCCUGAGGAAACUUGGACUCCACCAGAAGAUAUUUGUGUUCAAUAUGAAUGUCAAAAAAUUGAAGACCAGCUUGUUCCAGUCACGGUGAAGAGAGCCUGCUCUGAUGUUAAUUGUGAACCUGGUUUUAAAUAUCUAACUAAAUCUGGAGAGUGCUGUGGUGAGUGUGUUAAAGAGGCUUGCACAAUGAAGAUGGAUGACAACACAACUAAACUCCUCCAGCCUGGAGAGACCUUCACUCCACCAGAGGACAAAUGCACUUCAUACACUUGUGAAGACAGUUACCAAGUGGUUUCGAUAAAGAAAUCAUGUCCAGUAUUUGAUCCUUCCAAAUGUGUUGAGGGUACUAUUAAAACAACAGAUGAUGGUUGUUGCAAGACGUGUGAAGCUGAUUCAACAGGAUGCCAAGUUCGUAUACAAUCCACCCGCAUUAAAACCAGCACCUGUGAAUCUGACCAGACUGUGGAGCUGUCUUACUGUGAGGGAGCUUGCAAAACCUCCUCCAUGUACUCUGCUGAGGCAAACACAAUGGAACACAAAUGUAGCUGUUGUCAGGAGAUGAAGACCAGCAAGCGUGAGGUGUCCCUUAAAUGCCUUGAUGGAACCAGUUCAAUGUACUCUUAUAUUUAUGUGGAACAAUGUGGCUGCACCAGCACAGAAUGCGGACAAGAUCCUCAGACGUCCCAGUCUCAACCACAUUAG